GUAGAGCAGUGAGGAUAUGACGCGGACUCCCUGUGUCUGCCUCGUUCUCUACAUAAACCCACACUCAUCACAAGACCCCAAUACAAAAGAGAUAUUUUCAAGUAUAGGAAGCCAGCAAGGAAAGUACGAUUAGGGGCGUAAAUUAAACCGAUUUCAGACCACUUGCGGUGUUUCAGGUCUAACGUAGAUUGUGUGCUUCCAUUCUGACGCGCACCAGCUCAUCCGCGUGCUCGUCUUAAAAGAAACAGCAUGGCAGACUAUCUUAUAAGUGGAGGUACGGGCUAUAUCCCAGACGAUGGCUUGUCUGCCCAGCAGCUUUUUUCUGUCGGAGAUGGUCUCACCUACAAAUCAGGACAGAAGUCUGCCCGAGACGGGCUCACGGCUGAAGAGCUUUGCUCUAUGGGGGACGGUAUGACUUACAAUGAUUUUCUGAUCCUGCCCGGCUUCAUUGACUUCACCUCAGAGGAAGUGGACUUGACUUCAGCAUUGACCAAAAAGAUCACAUUAAAGACCCCGCUUAUCUCCUCUCCCAUGGAUACCGUCACCGAAUCCGCAAUGGCCAUCGCCAUGGCACUCAUGGGAGGGAUUGGAAUUAUUCAUCAUAACUGCACCCCAGAGUUUCAAGCCAACGAGGUGCGCAAGGUCAAGAGGUUCGAGCAGGGUUUCAUCACCGACCCAGUGGUGCUUACCCCACGUCAUACUGUUGGCGACGUGCUUGAAGCAAAAGUCAGACACGGGUUCUCAGGAAUUCCCAUAACUGAGACUGGCAAGAUGGGCAGCAAAUUGGUCGGCAUCGUCACGUCACGAGACAUCGACUUCCUGUCCGAGAAGGAUAAUAACAAACUUCUGGAAGAGGCCAUGACUAAAAGGGAGGAUCUGGUAGUCGCUCCAGCUGGUGUCACACUGAAAGAAGCCAACGACAUCCUGCAGCGCAGCAAAAAAGGUAAACUGCCAAUUGUGAAUGACAAAGACGAGCUGGUGGCUAUAAUCGCCCGCACGGAUCUGAAGAAGAACAGGGACUACCCGCUGGCCUCCAAAGACUCGCGCAAACAGCUGCUGUGCGGUGCCGCCAUCGGAACCCGUGAAGAUGACAAAUACCGACUGGAUCUGCUAAUGCAGGCCGGGGUGGAUGUAGUGGUCCUGGAUUCAUCACAAGGCAACUCGGUAUACCAGAUAAAUAUCAUCCAUUACAUCAAGCAGAAGUACCCAGAGCUGCAGGUUGUGGGUGGAAACGUGGUUACAGCUGCUCAGACCAAAAACCUGAUCGACGCAGGUGUGGACGCAUUGAGAGUGGGAAUGGGGUGUGGUUCGAUCUGCAUUACGCAGGAAGUCAUGGCUUGUGGCCGGCCUCAAGGCACCUCUGUGUAUAAAGUAGCAGAAUACGCUCGCAGAUUUGGUGUGCCAGUCAUCGCAGAUGGAGGCAUCCAGACGGUCGGUCACGUGGUGAAGGCCCUUUCCCUGGGAGCAUCUACAGUUAUGAUGGGUUCUCUGCUGGCUGCCACCACAGAAGCUCCAGGAGAGUAUUUCUUCUCUGAUGGGGUGAGGUUGAAGAAAUACAGAGGAAUGGGAUCUCUGGAUGCCAUGGAGAAGAAUACCAGCAGUCAGAAACGUUACUUUAGUGAGGGGGACACGGUAAAGGUGGCUCAGGGUGUGUCCGGUUCGGUGCAGGACAAAGGCUCCAUCCAUAAGUUUAUCCCGUACCUCAUCGCUGGGAUUCAGCACGGAUGCCAGGACAUCGGCGCAAAAAGUCUCUCGGUUCUUCGCUCCAUGAUGUAUUCCGGAGAGCUGAAGUUUGAGAAGAGGACAAUGUCUGCUCAGGUUGAAGGAGGCGUGCAUGGACUUCACUCUUACGAGAAACGUCUUUACUAAUGGAAGCGGUGGAGCGUGGAUGAGAAGUAGUGACCAAACACCUGACAAAUCUUAUACCAACAAACGUAACCCCAUCACCCUUUUUCCAAUCUUCACAACAGUGGGAAAUGGAGAAGAGAAGUAUUAAUAGUUUGAGAGCAGGACCUCAAACAAAUCCAGUCUCCCAUACAAUACCAGUUGCACUCAGUAGAGUAUCAGGGUUGCCAAAAAGCUGCCUAUUUACUAGCAGACCAGCAAAAGCAAGAAGGCAUUUGGAGCAAGUGUUCUUGAAAGCCUUUUUACUUCCCGAAAUGAUGCUGCGGCCGUGUCGAAUGUUUCACAUCAUUGCAGCAUCUAAGUCAAUCUCUUUCUAUUUGCAAACUGACGACUGCCAUGAGACCAAGUACUCAAAUUAUACUUGAGGCAAUCUUUUCUGUACUCCAUUUGUAACUACUGAAGAUGCUAUAUGAUAUAUUUUUAUUUUAGAAGGAAGAGAACAGAGGUACUUAAAAUGGUUGUAUUUAUGAUGGUGAAAUGUGUGGGACAAGUCUGUUUAUCUUAGCGUUCUUCUGCUAUGUCCACCAUACGUGUCCUGUAUCUGUGGGUACGAUUCAUAACGAACACAAAUAUAUCAAAUCUUAUAUCUGUAAAUACACACAAUUGCUCUAAGAGUCUCAUUGUUGUCCUGAUAUUUUUGACCAAAAGCUGGAACUUAUAUUUGAAGGUUUUGUGAUCAAGUCAAUUGAGGCAGACUUUUUAAUGCAGUCUUGACUGGAAUUGUAACAAAGAAUUAUAAAUGCAAUUGAAGCUCUGAUGAAAAGGUGUAAAGAGUUUUAAUGUGCAUGCUGUCGUGUUUUUUAAGCUGUAACAUGACGACGUUUAUACUAUUUACAUUACUGCCAAGCGCAUUUUGUUUUUUUGUUUAUCUUUUGACUAUAUCGAAUCUUUUACCAAAGCCAAAUAAAUGCUUUGAGUUCCUGGUCGGUCUUCUUAUAGUCACCAAAAUGUCCCACGGCUUUGUGUGUUGGGAGAACCAGUGAAAUGCCUUUGUGUCAUAAAUUAAGGAUACUGCCAAAGGAAGCAUGUCAUCCAUGUGAAUUUAGUUUUUUAACAACAGUACUAUAAAUUGCUUUUUAUUCUGUUCCCAAUGCAGUUUCUUGUGUAGAAAUCAUGCACUCUGUACCUCGGAAUUUGUUGACACAAUCAUUUACACAGCAAGACAUGGUCUGCAUCCGUUUGUCUACUGGAUGUUGCUUGUUUGCUGUUCCGUUGAACUCAAAAGCCAAGUUUGUUUACCGCUGUUUACUCGACCGAUGUUGCUGAUCCUGUUCAAUAUUGUUGGAAAUAAAGAAACUUAAUAAAUCUGU